AUGCAUGACCUGCAGCCGAAGGAGUAUUUCCAAGAUGACAAAGGUUGGAUCGGGUCUUUUAGAAUGCGAGCAAAGCGAUAUGCUGGGAGUCAUGAGACAAGCAAUGGAGUGCGGAAGCGCAUGGAAGUGAAACCAAUAGCGCAAAACAACUACAACCUUCUACAAGGCCCCAGAAUGUCUCCGCUUGCACUGCUCGCGAAAAAGUUGGUCCAUACCGUGCGCACCUUCAAAAGCAAGAACAAGGAUUAUAAAAAAUGGCAGGACGUAGUCAACGAGCUAAAAGAAGAGGGAAAAAAGUUGAAACAGAAGCGGAAAGUGAAGAAACUGCUGGAACAACGGUUCGACCUUUUCAAGAGAACUCUUCGUGAUGAGGGGAUGGGAAAGACACUAUUAAGGGUAGCCUCUGUUGUUACUUUACAUUGA